AUGUCCAGCAAAAGUGAGAAGAAGCAGAGAGUGAGUGGCCGUGGAAGUGCCCGCCAGCGAAUUGCUCAGGCCGCUCUGGCGACACAGGUCGUGGAGACCACCCUGCCCACCAGCGAGCUGGAGCCCGAGCCCAGGCUUCUCAAGGAGGAGCCUGAGCCAGCACUGGAAGAACCUGAAGUACAGAAAGAAGAAUUACGGGAGCCUGAGGUGGAUGUGAAGCCCCUUUUCCUGUCCCGAGCUGUGCUGACAGGACUGGCAGAUGCCACGUGGACAGAGGAGCAUGAUGGCAUUCUGAAACGCUUUGCCCAGGACCCUUCGGAGCCCAUCCUCACCAUCUUCAUCGACCCCUGUUUGGGGCUGAAGAUAGACCUGGGCAUGCCUGUGCAGACCCAGAACCAGAUUGUCUACUUCAUUCGCCACGCACCGGUUCCCAUCACUCCAGAGAACUUUGAGGCAACUGUGCAGUUUGGCACAGUGCGGGGUUCCUACAUCCCUGCCCUGCUUCGUCUGCUCAGUGGUGUCUUUGCCCCCCAGAUCUUUACAAACACAACCUGGCCUGAGAGCAUUCGAAACAAUUUUGCUUCUCAUCUGCACAGGUUCUUGGCCUGCCUGACAGAUACUCGGUACAAACUGGAGGGGCACACGGUUCUCUACAUCCCCGCAGAGGCCAUGAACAUGAAGCCUGAGGUGGUGGUUAAGGACAAAGAGCUGGUGCAGCGGCUAGAGACCUCCAUGAUCCACUGGACCCGGCAGAUAAAGGAGGUGCUCAGUGCCCAGGAGACUGUGGAGACAGGAGAAAAUUUAGGUCCUUCGGAGGAGAUUGAGGUCUGGCGCAACCGAUGCAUGGACCUGUCUGGCAUCAGUAAACAGCUGGUGAAGCAGGGAGUGAAACACAUUGAGUCUAUCCUGCACCUUGCCAAGUCAUCCUACUUGGCACCCUUUAUGAAACUGGCCCAGCAGAUCCAGGAUGGUUCUCGUCAAGCACAGUCAAACCUGACUUUUUUGUCAAUCCUGAAAGAACCUUACCAGGAAUUGGCUUACAUGCGGCCUAGGGACAUCUCUAGUAAGCUCCCGAAUCUGAUCAGUCUCAUCCGCAUCAUCUGGGUCAACUCUCCCCACUACAACACUCGGGAGAGACUGACCUCCCUCUUCCGAAAGAUGAGCAAUGAGAUCAUCCGCUUAUGCUGCCAUGCCAUCUCCCUGGACCGAAUCUUCGAGGGAUAUGUCACUUCUAGCAAGGAGGACCUACAAGGCUGCAUUUCCUGCUGCCAUGCCUGGAAAGAUCACUACCUACGGGCUGUGCAGAUGCAUACCCAGUUCUCCACUCGGGGCUGGGUCCUAGACCAGACCAGCAUAUUCGCUCAGGUUGAUGCCUUUGUGCAGCGCUGCAAGGACCUUAUUGAGGUAUGUGACUGUCAGUACCAUUUUGCCCGCUGGGAAGAUGGCAAGCAAGGUCCCCUUCCUUGCUUCUUUGGUGCCCAGGGACCCCAGAUAACACGGAACUUGCUGGAGAUUGAGGACAUUUUUCACAGAAAUCUGCACAUGCUGCGAGCUGUUCGUGGGGGCAUCCUGGAUGUCAAGAACACCUCUUGGCAUGAAGACUACAACAGGUUCCGUGCGGGAGUCAAGGACCUGGAGGUGAUGACUCAGAACUUGAUCACCUCCGCCUUCGAGUUAGUUCGUGACGUGGAGCAUGGAGUGCUACUGCUGGACACCUUCCACAGGCUUGCAACCCGUGAGGCUAUCAAGCGAACAUAUGACAAGAAGGCAGUGGAUCUCUACAUGUUGUUCAAUAGCGAAUUGGCCCUCGUGAACCGUGAGCUGAACAAGAAAUGGCCAUACCUGGAGCCCUACAUGGCCCAGUACUCUGGACAAGCACACUGGGUGCGGAUCCUACGGCGUCGCAUCGACAGAGUCAUGAAUUGUCUUUCUAGUGCUCAUUUCCUGCCUCACAUCGGGACUGGAGAGGAGAGUGUGCAUGCCUACCAGCAGAUGGUUCAGGCCAUUGAUGAACUGGUCCGAAAAACCUUCCAGGACUGGACAUCAACGCUGGACAAAGACUGCAUUCGGCGGCUGGAUACACCAUUGUUACGAAUCAGCCAGGAGAAGGCGGGCAUGCUGGAUGUCAACUUUGACAAGUCCCUGCUGAUUCUCUUUGUGGAGAUUGACUACUGGGAGCGGCUGCUGUUUGAGAUACCCCAUUAUGUGGUGAACGUAGCCGAACGAGCCGAGGACCUGCGAAUCCUUCGUGAAAAUCUGCUACUCGUUGCUCGAGACUACAAUCGGAUUAUUGCCAUGCUGUCCCCAGAUGAGCAGGCCCUAUUCAAGGAACGGAUCCGAUUCCUGGAUAAGAAGAUCCACCCUGGACUCAAGAAACUGCACUGGGCCUUGAAGGGGCCUAGUGCCUUCUUCAUCACAGAGUGCCGCAUACAUGCCAGCAAGGUGCAGGCAAUUGUGAAUGAGUUCAAGGCGUCCACUCUGACCAUUGGCUGGCGAGCCCAAGAGAUAUCAGAGACGCUGCUGGUACGCAUCAGCGGCAAACGGGUGUACAGGGACCUGGAAUUUGAGGAGGACCAAAGAGAGCAUCGAGCAGCUGUGCAGCAGAAAUUGAUGAGCCUGCACCAGGAUGUGGUGGCCAUCAUGACCACCUCCUAUGAAGUCUUCAAGAAUGAUGGCCCUGAGAUUCAGCAGCAGUGGAUGCUGUACACGAUACGAUUGGACCACAUGAUGGAGGAUGCCCUGCGCCUGAAUGUGAAGUGGUCACUCCUAGAACUGUCCAAAGCUAUCAACGGGGAUGGAAAGACCACCCCAAAUCCACUCUUCCGAGUCCUUGUCAUUUUGCAGAAUGACCUGCAGGGAGGUGUGGCACAGGUGGAAUUCUCACCCACUCUGCAGACUUUGGCAAACGUGGUUAAUGAUAUUGGCAACUGCCUCUUCUCUACCAUCUCUGUCUUCCGCCACCUCCCUGAAAUUCUCAUCAAGUGCAAGUUUCAUCGUGACCCCAUCCAUACAAUUGUGGAGCGAGAUGAGGACAUCAAGAAGAUCCAGGCCCAGAUCAGCAGCGGUAUGACCAACAAUGCAAGCCUGCUACAGAACUACCUCAAGACCUGGGAUAUGUAUCGGGAGAUCUGGGAGAUCAACAAGGACUCUUUUAUUCGUCGCUAUCAGCGCCUCAACCCCCCUGUUUCUUCUUUCGACGCAGACAUUGCACGCUACACGGAGGUUGCUAAUAACGUGCAGAAAGAGGAGACAGUCCUCAACAUCCAGUUUGUGCUGCUGGACUGCUCGCACCUCAAGUUCUCGCUGGUGCAGCACUGCAAUGAGUGGCAGAACAAGUUCACGACUCUGCUCAAGGAGAUGGCAGCCCGGCGCCUCCUGGAGCUGCACACCUACCUGAAGGAGAACUCAGAGAAAAUCAGCCACCCUCCCCAGACGCUGGAGGAACUGGGGGUCAGUUUGCAACUCAUGGAUACCCUGCAGCAUGACCUGCCCAAUCUGGAGACCCAGAUCCCUCCCAUACAUGAGCAAUUUGCCAUUCUUGAGAAGUAUGAGGUGCCAGUUCAGGACAGUGUACUGGAGAUGCUGGACAGUCUCAAUGGGGAGUGGGUCAUCUUCCAACAAACUCUCUUGGACAGUGAACAAAUGCUGAAGAAACACAAGGAGAAGUUCAAGACAGGCCUUAUUCACUCAGCUGAUGAUUUCAAGAAGAAAGCACAUAAUCUUCUGGAAGAAUUUGAAUUCAAAGGCCCCUUCACCAGUAAUGUGGGACAUCAGGCUGCUCUAGAGCAGAUUGCACAAGUGCGGGCCAUGCUGAAUGCCAUGCGAGAAGAAGAGAACAUUCUCCGUGCCAACUUGGGCAUCUUCAAGAUCGAGCAGCCAGUCUCCAAGGACCUGCAGAACCUGGAGAAGGAACUGGAUGCACUCCAGCAAGUCUGGGAGAUCACACGGGACUGGGAGGAGAACUGGAACCAGUGGAAGAUUGGCCAGUUCCUGACCCUGCAGACGGAGGCCAUGGAGACUAUGGCCCAUGGGCUAUUUCGUCGCCUCGUAAGACUAGCCAAAGAGUUUAAGGACCGAAACUGGGAAAUUAUUGAAACCACUCGUUCCAAAAUAGAGCAGUUCAAGAGGACCAUGCCUCUCAUCUCGGACCUGCGAAACCCUGCCCUGCGAGAGAGGCACUGGGAUCAGGUCAGGAAUGAGAUCCAACGGGAUUUUGAUCAGGAAUCUGAAAGCUUCACUUUGGAGCAGAUUGUGGAGCUUGGGAUGGAUCAGCACGUGGAGAAAAUUGGAGAGAUCUCUGCCUCAGCAACGAAAGAGCUGGCUAUAGAGUUGGCAUUACAAAACAUUGCCAAGACCUGGGAUGUGAUUCAACUAGAUAUAAUACCCUACAAGGAUAAGGGCCAUCACCGACUCAGAGGUACAGAAGAAGUAUUCCAGGCACUGGAAGAUAACCAAGUGGCUCUGUCUACCAUGAAGGCAUCUCGUUUUGUCAAGGCCUUUGAGAAGGAUGUGGACCACUGGGAACGCUGCCUCUCCCUCAUUUUGGAAGUUAUUGAGAUGAUCCUGACAGUGCAGCGUCAGUGGAUGUACCUAGAGAAUAUCUUCCUAGGGGAGGACAUCCGCAAGCAGUUGCCCCAUGAAUCUACCUUAUUUGACCAGGUCAACAGCAACUGGAAAUCCAUCAUGGACCGUAUGAACAAGGACAGCAAUGCUCUCCGGAGCACCCACUAUCCAGGCCUCCUGGACAUAUUGAUAGAAAUGAACACAAUCCUAGAAGACAUUCAGAAGUCUCUGGAUAUGUAUUUGGAGACCAAGCGCCAUAUUUUCCCCCGCUUCUACUUCUUGUCCAAUGAUGACCUCCUGGAGAUUCUGGGCCAGUCCCGCAACCCAGAGGCUGUGCAGCCACACCUCAAGAAAUGCUUUGACAACAUCAAAUUGCUGAGAAUGCAGAAGCUCGGGGGGCCCAGCAGCAAAUGGGAAGCUGUGGGAAUGUUCUCAGGUGACGGCGAGUAUAUUGAUUUCCUCCACACAGUACUUUUAGAAGGGCCUGUGGAGUCUUGGCUUGGAGAUGUGGAGCGGACCAUGAAGGUGACCCUACGAGACCUUCUCCGGAACUGCCGCCUGGCCCUCAAGAAGUUUCUUAACAAGAGGGACAAAUGGGUGAAGGAGUGGGCUGGCCAGGUGGUGAUCACUGCCAGUCAGAUCCAGUGGACAGCUGACGUCACCAAGUGCCUGCUGACAGCUAAGGAGCGAGGAGACAAGAAAAUCCUCAAGGUCAUGAAGAAGAAGCAGGUGUCAAUACUGAAUAAGUAUUCAGAAGCUAUCAGAGGGAACUUGACCAAGAUCAUGCGGCUUAAAAUCGUGGCUCUGGUGACGAUAGAAAUUCAUGCCCGGGAUGUGUUGGAGAAGCUUUAUAAGAGUGGCCUUAUGGAUGUCAAUUCCUUUGACUGGCUCAGCCAACUGCGCUUCUACUGGGAGAAGGAUCUCGACGACUGUAUGAUCCGCCAGACCAACACACAAUUCCAGUAUGGUUAUGAGUACUUGGGUAACUCUGGCCGGCUUGUCAUCACCCCCCUGACAGACAGGUGUUACAUGACACUGACCACAGCAUUGCACCUGCAUCGAGGGGGCUCCCCCAAAGGUCCUGCUGGCACGGGAAAGACCGAGACCGUCAAGGACCUGGGCAAGGCCCUUGGCAUAUAUGUCAUCGUGGUCAACUGUUCCGAGGGCCUGGACUAUAAGUCCAUGGGCCGAAUGUACUCAGGACUGGCCCAGACAGGGGCCUGGGGCUGCUUUGAUGAGUUUAACCGCAUCAACAUCGAGGUGCUGUCGGUGGUGGCCCAGCAGAUCCUGUCGAUCCUAUCCGCCCUGGCUGCCAGCCUCACCCGCUUCCAUUUUGAGGGCUUUGAAAUAAACCUGGUGUGGUCCUGUGGGAUCUUCAUCACCAUGAAUCCUGGCUAUGCUGGUCGCACAGAGCUUCCUGAUAAUCUUAAAUCCAUGUUCCGUCCAAUAGCCAUGGUGGUGCCUGAUUCUACUCUUAUUGCAGAAAUCAUUCUCUUUGGGGAGGGCUUUGGCAACUGCAAGAUUCUGGCCAAGAAGGUAUACACGCUUUACUCGCUGGCUGUGCAGCAGCUCUCCAGACAGGACCAUUAUGACUUCGGCCUGCGUGCCCUCACCUCCCUUCUGCGCUAUGCUGGCAAGAAGCGCCGCCUGCAGCCAGAUCUGUCUGAUGAAGAGGUGUUGCUUCUCUCAAUGAGAGAUAUGAACAUUGCCAAGCUAACUUCAGUCGACGUGCCACUAUUCAAUGCCAUCGUGCAAGAUCUAUUCCCCAGCAUUGAGCUGCCUGUCAUUGACUAUGGCAAGCUGCGGGAGACCAUUGAGCAGGAGAUUCGAGAUAUGGGCCUGCAGACCACAGCAUUCACCCUCACCAAGGUUAUCCAGUUGUAUGAAACCAAGAACUCCCGCCACUCUACCAUGAUCGUGGGCUGCACGGGCAGCGGCAAGACUGCCUCAUGGCGAAUUCUUCAGUCCUCCUUGUCCUCCCUAUGCCGAGCUGGAGACCCCAACUUCAACGUUGUUAGAGAGUUCCCUUUGAACCCUAAGGCCCUGUCCCUUGGCGAGCUGUAUGGGGAAUAUGACCUCAACACUAACGAAUGGACAGAUGGCGUCCUGUCCAGUGUCAUGCGGACGGCAUGUACAGAUGAGAAACCCGAUGAGAAGUGGAUCCUUUUCGAUGGCCCUGUGGACACACUGUGGAUUGAGAGCAUGAACUCUGUCAUGGACGAUAACAAAGUGUUGACCCUCAUCAACGGAGAGCGCAUCGCCAUGCCUGAGCAGGUGUCUCUCCUGUUCGAAGUGGAGAACUUGGCAGUGGCCUCUCCAGCCACUGUGUCUCGCUGCGGGAUGGUCUACACUGACUAUGUUGAUCUGGGCUGGAAGCCCUAUGUUCAGUCAUGGCUAGAGAAGAGGCCAAAGGUUGAGGCAGAGCCCCUGCAGCGCAUGUUCGAAAAGUUCAUCAACAAGAUGCUGACCUUCAAGAAGGACAACUGCAACGAGCCAGUGCCCCUCCCUGAAUACAGUGGAAUCAUCUCCCUCUGCAAGCUGUACUCGGCCCUGGCCACGCCAGAGAAUGGGGUGAACCCAGCUGAUGGUGAAAACUAUGUCUCCAUGGUAGAGUUGACAUUUGUGUUCAGCAUGAUCUGGUCUGUGUGUGCCUCUGUGGAUGAGGAAGGCCGCAAGAAGAUUGACAGUUACCUCCGAGAAAUUGAGGGCUCCUUUCCCAAUAAGGACACGGUGUACGAGUAUUUUGUGGACCCCAAGAUGAGGAGUUGGACAUCAUUUGAGGAUAAGCUCCCUAAGAGCUGGCGCUACCCUCCAAAUUCCCCCUUCUACAAGAUCAUGGUACCCACUGUCGACACUGUUCGCUACAACUACCUGGUCAGCGCCUUGGUGGCUAACCAGAAUCCCGUCCUGCUGGUGGGUCCUGUGGGGACUGGAAAGACCUCCAUUGCCCAGAGUGUUCUGCAGUCCUUGCCAUCCAGCCAGUGGUCAGUGCUCACUGUCAACAUGUCUGCACAGACCACAUCCAAUAACGUGCAGAGCAUCAUUGAAAGCAGGGUGGAGAAACGAACCAAGGGUGUCUAUGUGCCAUUUGGGGGCAAAAGCAUGAUCACCUUUAUGGAUGACCUAAAUAUGCCAGCUAAGGACAUGUUUGGGUCCCAGCCACCCCUGGAGCUUAUUCGCCUCUGGAUUGACUAUGGCUUCUGGUAUGAUCGUAUGAAGCAGACCAUCAAGUACAUUCGAGACAUGUUCCUGAUGGCUGCCAUGGGCCCUCCUGGGGGUGGACGGACUGUCAUCUCCCCAAGGCUGCAGAGUCGCUUCAACAUCAUCAACAUGACCUUCCCCACAGAGUCCCAGAUCAUCCGAAUAUUCGGCACCAUGAUCAAUCAGAAGCUUCAGGACUUUGAGGAAGAGGUGAAGCCCAUUGGGAAUGUGGUGACUGAGGCCACCUUAGAAGUGUACAACACCGUGGUACAGCGCUUCCUGCCCACACCUGCCAAGAUCCAUUACCUCUUCAACCUUCGAGACAUCUCCAAGGUGUUCCAGGGCAUGCUUAGAGCCAACAAGGACUUUCAUGAUACCAAGUCCAGCAUCACACGACUCUGGAUCCAUGAAUGUUUCAGAGUCUUCUCUGACCGUCUGGUUGAUGUGGCAGACAUGGAAGCCUUUGUGGGCAUCAUCAGUGACAAACUUGGCUCCUUCUUUGACCUCACAUUUCAUAAUCUUUGUCCCAACAAACGUCCUCCUAUCUUUGGGGACUUCCUGAGGGAGCCCAAGGUGUAUGAAGACCUCACUGACCUGGCAGUACUGAAGACAGCCAUGGAGACGGCUCUGAAUGAGUACAAUUUGUCACCUGCUGUUGUGCCAAUGCAGCUGGUGCUCUUCCGAGAGGCUAUCGAACACAUCACACGGAUUGUGCGAGUAAUUGGACAGCCUCGGGGCAACAUGCUCUUAGUGGGCAUUGGGGGCAGCGGGCGCCAGAGUCUGGCCCGCUUGGCCUCAUCCAUCUGCGAGUACAUCACCUUCCAGAUCGAGGUCACCAAACAUUAUCGGAAGCAGGAGUUCCGAGAUGAUAUUAAGCGUCUGUAUCGCCAGGCUGGGGUAGAGCUCAAGGCCACAUCCUUCCUUUUCGUGGACGCCCAAAUUGCUGACGAAUCAUUCCUAGAGGACAUUAACAACAUCCUCAGCUCAGGCGAGGUCCCCAAUCUCUACAAGACUGAUGAAUUUGAAGAGAUCCAGACACACAUCAUAGACCAGGCCCGGGCAGAGCAGGUGCCUGAGUCCUCGGACAGCCUCUUCGCCUACCUCAUUGAGCGCGUGCGGAACAACCUGCACAUCAUUCUCUGCCUCAGCCCCGUGGGCGACCCCUUCAGGAACCGGAUCCGCCAGUACCCAGCCUUGGUGAACUGCACAACCAUCAACUGGUUCUCAGAGUGGCCCCGAGAGGCCCUGCUGGAGGUGGCUGAGAAGUAUCUGGUGGGAGUAGACCUGGGAACUCAAGAGAAUAUCCACAGGAAGGUGGCCCAGAUCUUUGUUACCAUGCAUUGGUCAGUGGCUCAGUAUUCCCAGAAGAUGCUGUUGGAACUGCGAAGAUACAACUACGUCACACCCACCAACUACCUGGAACUCGUGUCUGGAUAUAAGAAGUUGCUGGGAGAGAAGCGACAGGAGCUGCUGGACCAGGCCAAUAAACUGCAAACAGGAUUGUUUAAGAUCGAUGAAACUAGGGAAAAGGUGGAAGUGAUGUCUUUGGAGCUGGAGGAUGCCAAGAAAAAGGUUGCUGAGUUCCAGAAACAGUGUGAGGAGUACCUAGUCAUCAUUGUGCAGCAGAAGCGGGAAGCAGAUGAGCAGCAGAAGGCCGUCACAGCCAAUAGUGAGAAGAUUGCAAUUGAGGAAGUCAAGUGCCAGGCACUCGCUGACAAUGCCCAGAAGGAUCUAGAAGAGGCAUUGCCAGCCCUGGAAGAAGCCAUGCGGGCCCUGGAGUCCCUAAACAAGAAGGAUAUAGGCGAGAUCAAGUCUUAUGGACGGCCCCCCACCCAAGUGGAGAUAGUGAUGCAAGCAGUCAUGAUUCUCCGAGGCAACGAGCCCACUUGGGCAGAGGCCAAGAGGCAGCUAGGAGAACAGAACUUCAUCAAGUCACUGAUCAACUUUGAUAAAGACAAUAUCUCAGAUAAGGUGUUGAAGAAGAUAGGGGCCUACUGUGCUCAGCCUGACUUCCAGCCUGACAUCAUCGGCCGGGUCUCGAGUGCUGCCAAGUCCCUCUGCAUGUGGGUACGGGCCAUGGAGCUGUACGGGCGGCUGUAUCGGGUUGUGGAGCCCAAGCGCAUCCGAAUGAACGCUGCGUUGGCCCAGCUUCAGGAGAAACAAGCAGCACUGGCUGAGGCCCAGGAGAAGCUGCGGGAGGUGGCUGAGAAACUGGAGAUGCUGAAGAAACAAUAUGAUGAGAAGCUGGCACAGAAGGAGGAGCUUCGCAAGAAGUCUGAGGAGAUGGAGCUGAAGCUGGAGCGAGCUGGGCUGUUAGUGUCUGGUCUGGCUGGCGAGAAGGCCCGAUGGGAGGAGACAGUACAGGGCCUGGAGGAGGAUCUGGGCUACCUGGUGGGCGACUGUCUCCUGGCAGCCGCCUUCUUGUCCUACAUGGGACCCUUCCUGACCAACUACCGGGAUGAGAUCGUCCACCAGAUCUGGAUCAGGAAGAUCGGGGAACUUCAGGUUCCUUGCUCACCUCACUUCACCUUCGAUAACUUCCUGUCCAAUCCUACCAAAGUUCGGGACUGGAACAUCCAAGGGUUGCCCUCGGAUGCCUUCUCCACUGAGAAUGGCGUCAUCGUCACCCGUGGCAACAGGUGGGCACUGAUGAUUGAUCCUCAGGCCCAGGCCCUGAAGUGGAUUAAGAACAUGGAAGGAAGCCAGGGCCUCCAGAUCAUCGACCUGCAGAUGAGCGAUUACCUUCGAAUCCUAGAAAAGGCCAUCCAGUUUGGAUACCCAGUGCUGCUCCAGAAUGUGCAGGAAUAUCUGGACCCCACACUCAACCCUGUGCUCAACAAAUCUGUAGCUCGAAUUGGUGGUCGGCUGCUGAUGCGCAUUGGAGAUAAGGAGGUGGAAUACAAUACCAAUUUCCGUUUCUACAUCACCACCAAGCUCUCCAACCCCCACUACAGCCCAGAGACCUCAGCCAAGACCACCAUUGUCAACUUUGCUGUCAAAGAACAGGGCCUGGAGGCCCAACUGCUAGGCAUUGUGGUCCGAAAGGAGCGGCCUGAGCUGGAGGAGCAGAAGGAUUCGCUAGUCAUCAAUAUCGCCGCUGGCAAGAGGAAGCUCAAGGAGCUGGAGGAUGAGAUCCUUCGGCUGCUGAACGAGGCCACAGGCUCCCUGCUAGAUGAUGUGCAGCUGGUAAACACCCUGCAGACCUCCAAGAUGACCGCCACUGAGGUGACUGAGCAGCUGGAGACCAGUGAAACUACGGAGAUCAAUAUUGACUUGGCUCGUGAGGCUUACCGUCCGUGUGCCCAGCGGGCAUCAGUACUGUUCUUCGUGCUCAAUGACAUGGGUCGCAUCGACCCCAUGUACCAAUUUUCGCUGGAUGCCUACAUCGGCCUCUUUAUCCUCAGCAUUGACAAGAGCCAUCGCAGCAACAAGCUGGAGGACCGCAUUGACUACCUGAAUGAAUACCACACCUAUGCUGUCUACAGGUACACCUGCCGCACCCUUUUUGAGCGCCACAAGCUGCUAUUCAGUUUUCAAAUGUGUGCCAAAAUCCUGGAGACUUCUGGCAAGCUCAAUAUGGAUGAGUACAACUUCUUUCUCCGUGGGGGUGUGGUCCUGGAUCGGGAGGGCCAAAUGGAUAACCCAUGCACUAGUUGGCUCGCAGAUGCCUACUGGGAUAACAUCACAGAGCUAGACAAACUGACCAACUUCCACGGACUCAUGAACUCCUUUGAGCAGUAUCCUCGUGACUGGCACCUGUGGUAUACCAAUGCCACCCCGGAGAAGGCUAUGCUGCCAGGUGAGUGGGAGAAUGCUUGCAAUGAAAUGCAACGGAUGCUCAUCGUCCGCUCCCUACGCCAGGACCGCGUGGCAUUCUGCGUUACGUCUUUCAUCAUCUCCAACCUUGGCUCUCGCUUCAUCGAGCCUCCUGUGCUAAACAUGAAGUUGGUGAUGGAGGAUUCAACCCCACGAACCCCACUCAUAUUCAUCCUGUCCCCCGGUGUGGACCCCACCAGUGCCCUGCUCCAGCUGGCAGAGCACACAGGCAUGGCGCAGCGCUUCCACGCCCUGUCCCUGGGCCAGGGCCAGGCCCCCAUUGCUGCUCGGCUCCUCCGAGAGGGUGUGAUUCAGGGACAUUGGGUGUUCCUGGCUAACUGCCAUCUGUCACUGUCUUGGAUGCCUAAUCUGGACAAACUGGUGGAACAGCUGCAGGUGGAGGAUCCUCACCCUUCCUUCCGCCUCUGGCUCAGCUCUAGCCCCCACCCAGACUUCCCUAUCUCAAUCUUGCAGGCCAGCAUCAAGAUGACCACAGAACCACCAAAGGGCCUAAAGGCCAACAUGACACGUCUUUACCAACUGAUGACAGAACCACAGUUUUCCCGCUGCUCCAAACCUGCCAAGUAUAAGAAGCUGCUGUUUGCCCUCUGCUUCUUCCACUCUGUGUUACUGGAACGCAAAAAGUUCCUGCAGCUUGGCUGGAACAUUGUCUAUGGCUUCAAUGACUCUGACUUUGAGGUGUCAGAGAACUUGCUGAGUCUCUAUCUGGAUGAGUAUGAGGAGACACCCUGGGAUGCGCUCAAGUACCUCAUUGCUGGCGUCAACUAUGGUGGGCAUGUCACGGACGACUGGGACCGGCGCCUGCUCACCACCUACAUCAAUGACUAUUUCUGUGAUCAGUCUCUAUCAACCCACUUCUACCGGUUGUCAGUAUUGGAGACUUAUUUCAUCCCCAAGGAUGGCAGCCUGGCCUCUUACAAGGAGUACAUCAGCAUGUUGCCCGGCAUGGACCCCCCUGAGGCCUUUGGCCAGCACCCCAAUGCAGAUGUGGCCUCCCAGAUCACUGAGGCACGAACUCUCUUUGAGACUCUGCUUUCCCUGCAACCCCAGAUUACACCCACCAAGGCUGGAGGCCAGAGUCGGGAAGAGAAGGUCCUUGAGUUGGCUGCUGAUGUCAAACAGAAGAUCCCUGAAAUGAUCGACUACGAGGGGACCCGGAAACUGCUAGCUAUGGACCCCUCCCCCCUCAACGUGGUCCUCCUGCAGGAGAUCCAGAGAUACAACAAGCUUAUGGAGACCAUCCUGUUCUCACUGACGGACCUAGAAAAAGGCAUCCAGGGCCUCAUUGUCUUGUCUACAAGCCUGGAAGAGAUUUUCAAUUGCAUCUUUGAUGCCCAUGUCCCUCCACUCUGGGGAAAGGCAUAUCCCUCACAAAAGCCAUUGGCUGCAUGGACCCGGGACUUAGCCAUGCGUGUGGAACAGUUUGAGCUGUGGGCCAGCCGUGCCCGGCCUCCUGUGAUCUUCUGGCUAUCUGGCUUCACCUUUCCCACUGGCUUCCUCACUGCUGUGCUGCAGUCUUCAGCUCGCCAAAACAAUAUUUCAGUGGACAGCCUCUCUUGGGAGUUUAUCGUUUCCACUGUAGACGACAGCAACCUAGUGUACCCACCCAAGGAUGGUGUCUGGGUUCGGGGCCUGUAUCUGGAGGGCGCCGGUUGGGAUAGAAAGAACUCAUGCUUGGUGGAGGCAGAGCCCAUGCAGCUUGUCUGCCUCAUGCCCACGAUCCACUUCCGGCCUGCAGAAAGCCGCAAGAAGAGCGCCAAAGGCAUGUACUCCUGUCCCUGCUAUUACUACUCCAACCGGGCAGGCAGCUCAGACCGAGCCUCCUUUGUCAUUGGCAUAGACCUCCGGUGUGGGACCAUGACAUCUGAUCAUUGGAUCAAGAGAGGCACUGCCCUACUCAUGAGCCUGGACAACUGAGAAGGCCUCCUUUUCUUCCCCUCUUGAGAGAGCGCUGGGGACUUUUAAGAAUCAAGGCUGAUAAUGCACCUAGGACGGAAGCUGGACCUCACUCACGCCUUGACCUUGGCUGAAUUUGUCGUGUGAUGGGGCCCUGGAGAUACCUAAUUGUGCUAGCCAUAAAGGAGAAAGAAAUGUAUUGGAGCUCAGUGCUAUAAAACACCCGCGACCACAACCCCUAAGUCUCUCAAUGG